UUUUCAUCCAAAAGAGGGAGGCAGAGAAAGAGAGAGGGAGGGAGAGAGAAAGAGAGAGGAGAGAGAGACGGGGGUUGUCUAUGGUGAUGUGUAACGUUGCUCUCGCUCAGUGCCGUCGUUUACAUGUGUGAGGGAGAGGGGAAGGGGGAGGCUGACAACCGGGAUUCAGCGGCUGUUCCAGCACCGAAAAAUCAGGCACUCCGCUGAUGGGGUCAGCAGGGAUAUGAUGUCGUGUUCCUUCAUUCGACGAUGACAAGGUUCUGUCAUAAAACCUUCGGAGGCUCAAUCUGAGAUGGUCCAAGGGCCUCGUUAAUGCCCGCCCUCCCCUGUGUCCCUCCCCCUUUCGAACCCUUUGACACACCCUUCUCCCUUCAACCCCACCCAACUGUUCCCACCGCGCCACCUAUAGCUUCUCCCCCCAACCACCUACAACCACCCAAACAUCCUGGCCGCACAAACCUCAGUCUUUUCUGCCUCUCUUUUUUUUUCAUUCGUUCUACGGGGAUAGUUCCCAGGAGAGCCGGCCGAGUUCAACUAGUGCACGGCAAAUUCUGAACCAGGUGACCAUAAGACGUUUGUGGCACACAGAAAAUGCACUCUCGACGAUCCAAGACAAACCAGUAAAGAGAGGCACUUACAUGCACAGGCGGGACCUGCUUUGGGCUCAAGCAGAAGGUAGACAAAUCUAAGGAGCCACAGUCACAGACUAGAAAGUAGUACCAGCGAGCCUACAAUCUGCAUUUGGAGGUUCUCCGUAAAGGAACAGCACAGGAGGUCAAGAUCUGCGCUCUCCCAGGACCCCAGGAAGGGAGACCAGCGUGGACCAUAGAGGCACGUCUGAGAGACGGGUCACAGGCAGAGACGGAAAGACUGGGCAAAGCUGGGAACGGUCAUCAGGCAGUGCGCUCUUCAGAGAAAGCUCGCCCACGCAAACAGGCCCAACCCACACACAUAAAUAUACACACUUUAAACAAGCACAGACACACACACACACACAAACAUAAACACAAACAGAGAGUCUGGUAAGCCUUUUGCCCAGCACAGUCACGCUUUCCUACCCUCACCCCACACGCACAAACACCACACACACACACAUACACACACACACACACACACACACACACAUACGUGAGAGCACCCACACUACACAUACCCACACUCACGCUCAAGUCUUUCCCGUCCACGGCUAGCCCACUCUCCACGGCCUCAAGAUGAUGUGCGAGGUGAUGCCCACCAUCUCGGAGGAUGGGAGGGCUGGAGGGGGUGGUCCGUCCUCGCCCGCCGGUGGAGGCGGUGGGAUGGGUGGCGGCAUGGGUGGCAUGGGGGGCGGCUACGGAGGCCGAGAUGGGCGCAGCGACGAGGGUGGCAGCACGGGCAACCUGGAGUCGCUGAUGGUCAACAUGCUGGCAGAGCGCGAGCGACUGCUGGAGAACCUGCGGGAGACCCAGGACAGCCUGGGCACGGCCCAGCUGAGGCUGCGCGAACUGGGCCACGAGAAGGACUCGCUGCAACGCCAACUCUCCAUCGCUUUGCCACAGGAGUUUGCGGUGCUGACCAAAGAGCUGAAUGGCUGUCGUGAGCAACUUCUGGAAAGAGAAGAGGAGAUAGCAGAGCUCAAAGCUGAGAGGAACAACACUCGACUUCUGCUGGAGCAUCUGGAGUGUCUGGUGUCCCGUCACGAGCGCUCUCUCAGGAUGACGGUGGUGAAGAGGCAGGCCCAGUCCCCGGCCGGAGUGUCCAGCGAGGUGGAGGUCCUCAAGGCCCUCAAGUCUCUGUUCGAGCACCACAAAGCCCUGGAUGAGAAGGUGCGAGAGAGGCUACGUGUGGCUCUGGAGAGGGUGUCGGUGCUGGAGGAGGAACUCGAGUCUUCCACGCAAGAGGUGAUUUCUCUAAGAGAACAGAUUAAAAGACGACAGCAGGGCAUGGAUAAUGGGAAAGAGCGGCUGCCAAAUGGACCCUCUAUUUUGGACGACGGUGAGAUCGACAGACAGAGGGAGGGAGAGAUUGAACGGCAGAGGGCAGAGCUGGCCCAGCUGAAAGAGAGACUGGCACUCAUGUGCAGACAGGUGGGGGAGGUGGAGGAACAACUUGCUGCUGCCAGACGGGAGGUGACCAAGUCAGAAGAAGCCAAUCAGAAGCUCCAAAGGGAUGUGAAAGAGGCCCUUUGCCAGAGAGAGGACAUGGAGGAGAGGAUAACUACCUUAGAACGCAGGUACCUCAGUGCCCAGAGGGAGGCGACGUCCCUCCACGACAUCAAAGAUAAGCUGGAGAACGAGCUGGCCAGCAAAGAGUCCCUCUACAGACAGAGCGAGGAGAAGAACCGGCAGCUGCAGGAGCGGCUAGACGACGCCAAGCAGAAGCUGCAACAGACCCUGCAGCGCGCUGAGACCCUGCCAGAGAUCGAAGCCCAGCUCGCCCAGAGAGUAGCAGCACUCAACAAGGCGGAGGAGCGCCAUGGCAACUUUGAGGAGCGCCUGCGACAGUUGGAGGCACAACUGGAGGAGAAGAACCAGGAGUUACAGAGAGCGAGACAGAGGGAGAAGAUGAACGACGAACACAACAAGCGUCUCUCGGACACCGUGGACAAGCUGCUGUCUGAGUCCAAUGAGAGGCUCCAACUUCACCUCAAGGAGAGGAUGGCUGCUCUGGAGGAAAAGAAUGCUCUGUCUGAGGAACUGGCCAACAUGAAGAAGAUCCAAGAUGAUCUCCUCGCAAACAAGGACCAGCUUAUUGCAGAGUUGGAGAGACUUCAGUUGGAGCUGGACCAAUUGCGAGGAAGGCCUGGCUCCGCCUACUCCCGAUCGCUCAGGUCUCUCCCAGGGAGCGCUCUGGAACUGAGGUAUUCCCAAGGGGGCGGCUCCCUCCCAGCCGGCUCCACUGCCCAUCUGGAUCACUAUGGCAACACUGGCACAGGAAGCGUGGUCAGGCGGACCCAUCGUGGUCGAUGGGGUCCGGCACGAGAGGAGAGCAACAAGUACGGUGAGUGGGACAGCGGACCACUGCUGGGCCCCGGCUUCGAGGGCGGCGUUGAGGGCGGCUGCUCGGACGACGACGACGACCGCGAGACGCUCUUCGGCUCAGAGCUGCUCUCACCCAGUGGCCAGACGGACGUGCAGACCCUAGCCAUCAUGCUGCAGGAGCAGCUGGAGGCCAUUAACAAGGAGAUCAAGUUGAUCCAGGAGGAGAAGGAGAGUACGGAGUUGCGGGCGGAGGAGAUCGAGAGCCGCGUGAGUAGUGUGGCGCUGGAUGGGCCCCCGGUGCCCCCGUCAUCUCUAGGCCGCGACGCCAGCGGCCGCGGCUUCAUCCCACCGUCCCUCACCUCCUCCACCCUGGCCUCACCCUCCCCGCCCAGCUCCGGUCACUCCACCCCUCGUCUGCCCCACUCGCCCGCACGCGAGACCUCCUCAGAGAGACAGAACAACAAAGACGAUGACCGGUCCCUGGCCCUGCUGGACUCCACCCCUCCCCCCACCCCGCGUGCUCUGCGCCUGGACCGGAUGACCCACACCCACCCGGGCGCAUUGCUGGACGACAGUCGUGAGUUCCGCAGUCUCUCGGCCGAUGGCUCCAGCUCGAACAGCAGUCAGGACUCGCUCCACAAAUCCAGCAAAAAGAAGAGCAUCAAGUCUUCCAUCGGCCGCCUCUUUGGGAAGAAGGAGAAGGGGAGGAUGGGACAGCCGGGGCGGGAAUCAGCAUCUCUGGCGUCCACACCCUCAGAUGACCUUGGCACAGUGGACCCUCUGGGGCUGGCCAAGAUGACAGGGACCGUGGAGAAAGGCCGCCGCAGCAAGAAGAAGCAUGAGUUGCUGGAGGAGGCUUGUCGUCAGGGCCUGCCCUUUGCGUCCUGGGAUGGCCCCACUGUGGUCUCCUGGCUGGAGUUGUGGGUGGGAAUGCCAGCAUGGUAUGUGGCGGCAUGUCGUGCCAACGUGAAGAGUGGGGCCAUCAUGGCCAACCUGUCGGACACGGAGAUCCAGCGCGAGAUUGGCAUCAGCAACCCGCUGCACCGCCUCAAGCUGCGGCUGGCCAUCCAGGAGAUGGUGUCCCUCACCAGCCCCUCGGCCCCAGCCAGCACGCGCUCUUCAACCAGUAACGUGUGGAUGACUCACGCCGAGAUGGAGUCUCUGACUGCCGCAACCAAACCAGAGCUGAAAGAGAUCAGCUGGGAUCAGAUCUUGGCCUAUGGCGACAUGAACCACGAGUGGGUGGGCAACGACUGGCUGCCCAGUCUGGGCCUGCCCCAGUACCGCAGCUACUUCAUGGAGUCUCUGGUGGACGCCCGCAUGCUCGACCACCUCACCAAGAAGGAGUUGAGGGGCCAGCUCAAGAUGGUGGACAGCUUUCAUAGGGUCAGCCUGCACUAUGGCAUCAUGUGCCUGAAGCGCUUGAACUACGACCGCAAAGAGCUGGAGAGGAGGAGAGAUGAGAGUCAGCACCAGAACAAAGAUGUGAUGGUGUGGUCCAAUGAGCGUGUGAUGUGCUGGGUCCAGAGCAUCGGCCUAAAGGAGUACGCCGACAACCUGACGGAAAGCGGCGUGCACGGAGCCCUGCUGGCCCUGGACGACACCUUCGACUACACUGACUUGGCCCUGCUGCUCCAGAUACCUAAUCAGAACACCCAGGCACGACAACUUCUGGAGAAGGAGUAUAACUCACUUAUCGCCAUGGGAACCGAGAGGAGACCAGAUGAGGAUGGCACAAAGACAUUCACACGCUCGCCGUCGUGGAGGAAGAUGUUCCGGGAGAAGGACCUGCGUGGCGUGACCUCAGACUCCUCGGAGACGCUGCCCGCCAACUUCCGUGCCUCGGCCAUCUCCACGCCCUCAGUGACCCUGAGGAAGGUCCAGAGCGAGGUCAACUCUGGUCCCAGGGGGGAGUCUGGCUCCGUGAGGACAUACUCUUGCUGAGAGGCAGGAAGGUGUUGCUGUUGCCACGGACCCCGCAGGAGUCUGCUUACAUUAAUUCAUGGAAUUCACAAAAAAAUUACAACAAAAAGCAGAGAAGCAACGAGUCUAUUUAUAAAUAUCAAAUCUAUCGGUCUGACCAUUCUGCAAUAACAGGACAAGAGAAUGAAGAGGGAGACAGAGAUGGAGCAAUGAGGAAGAAGAGAAAAAAGGAUACAGACAGAUACAGAAGACGUGAAGAAUGUAUAAAAAAUAUAUAUACAUUGAGCGAGCAAGAGACGAGUGUGCGAUUGAACUUGGAAUGGUAGGAGGGAGACAAAAAAACCGACUGUUUUAUCUUUCUCUCUAUUGUUCUUUUGUCACAAUCUGUGUUUGUGCUGAUGAUGACCUCGAGUGGCGUCCAUUGUGACUCAACCUUUUUUCUCUCUUUUCUGUUUUCAUUUCCUAUGGUGCUGCCAUAGUUCUGGUCUGUUUACGAUUCUUACGUUGAAGCUCCAUCAGAGUGCUGCAAUAAGAGUGCAUCCCCACUCCACCCCCCCUAGCCCCCCACCCCCACCCCACCCCCACCUUACCUAUGCUAGCGGCCAUUGUGGCUCAAGCAGGAGAUGGCAGAGCACAGGUCGUUGGAGAGCAGUUGGCUACUCUCCUUGCUCAUCCCCUACCGCAAGACGCGAGGGAGAGCGCAACGUGCUUCGUGGACACUCUGGUGCAGUCCUACGUGGGGGUUGAGUGUGGACUCUUGUUAUAGGCCGAAUCUACUGAGACAGAACAGCAACCUGGUUUGCACAGUUGCAGAGCGGAGGUGGGGGGUGGGGGGUGGGGGGUGGCAGUUGGGCCAGAGUGCUUAGUCUCUGAUGUUUUUGAAGCUCCUCAAUGACCAACUCUACCUAUUUAACAGUAUGGGCCUACUGAAUAUGCAUAGCGAGGGCCUGCAGCUCGGACUGUAAGGGUUCUCAUGUGCACAGUCCUGUUGCCUGGCCAAUGAUUCAGAUUCUGGAAAAAGAACAGUGUGGUCAAAUCUUUAGAGAUUUUGGUUGAUAACUAUAACAAACUAUGCUAGAUGCAGCUGAGGUUUAUGUUUUAAAAAAAAAAAUAGGCGGGGGGGGGGGGGGUUGGGUAUGAGCAUAGAGUGAGCUUGACGGCCAUGUUGGAAAGGUCUGUUUUAGCUAGCCACAUGGCAGCCAGGGAGAUCCAUUUGUUUACAGCAUGAUGAAAAAUUGGAAUGAUGUGCAGACAGGAAGAGAGGGAGGGACCGAGGGAGAGAGAUAAAACAGACUGCGUGAUCUGGUAAAAAAAAAAUAAUAAUAAGAGCAGAGAUGUCCUAAUUCACAGAGUAACUUUACCCACGCAAGCCAUAACAGAAAACAGGUGGUAAACAGGGAGCAGAGUGACAGAAUAGACUCGGCUGACGGAAAAUGUUUAGCUUCUGUGUUGCGAUGCAUGUCAAACAACCAAGAUGACAAUGGAAAUAACAUUUUGGUGGAGAAGACAAUGUGAAUUUAAAAUAAAACAAAAAAACAUAUAUGUAUAAAUUAAGAUACAAGGAUGAGCUUGGGGAACAAUUUGUAAAAUGUGUGUAUUUUCAUUUUUAUUUUUUAAUUUUUAUGAUAACUAUAUUUAUUUUCUUUAUGUAUGUAUUGAAUAACUGUAUGUACAUGUUCAUUUAAUACUUAAUUAUGACUGUAAUUUAAUUUUAUCUAGUUUAAAAAGUAAAUAUGAAAUAUAAAAAAAAAAACAUGGUCAUUAAAAAUAUGCUACUUGUAUGUGUAAAUUUCAAGAAACCAAUUGUGUUAUGAUUUAAAGGAAACAUUAAUACUGAUCAGGAUAACAGUGAUUCAAACCGAAAAAUGACGUCUGCAAAAUAAACGAUGAUGACGAUGAGUUGAUGAUUAAAAAAAAAUAAAGUGCUUCAAGUUCUACUGCA